CGGCAGCGACGAGAAAGAGAACGAAGACGAGGACGAGGGCGAGGACGAGGACAACGUUGACGAUGGCGGUAGCGAAGACGAUAUGAUAGGCGUUGGUUGAACGAAUCCUACGCUCACGACAUAUAGCACUACUAGUCUUUAUACAACUUGCUGUGUACGUGUAUACGUAUACACGAUCGGAUACAUACGAUCGCACAAAUACGUACGAGCAUACAUAAUGUAAAUAUCGAAAUAUGCAUGAGUAAGCGGCUAAGCAUACAUACACAGCUGAAUAUUAAUCGCCAAGCAAUAAGAGCAAUAAAAAGAUAUUGUUAUCGCGUCGAGAAUCGUUAACGCAUCAAAUCGGUGAUACUUGUUAUAUUGUUAUACCUGGCCGAAAAAGAGUGCGCACCAACGACAAGAUGGCUUUCGCCGCGGCGAGGAUGAUCCUCAAGGACAAGCGCAGGAAAGCUAGCAAAGAGGACUUCGCACCGCGAAACAGAAGCAAGGCACGCAACAAACCGGCGGAUGGUGUGGGUCAUGUGAAUCAAAAAGGUGCUUCCGGCCAGAAAGCGCCGACGGCUGGUCAAAAGGUUGCGCCGGGUGCUAAGGUCGCGACAAAAUCAACCCAGAAGCCGACAGCUCAGAAAGGCCAAGUGAAAGUGACACCCAAGUCGGCCUCCGUAAAGACCGGCAAAAACAAAAAGAAAGGACAACGGCAACAGUACGAUCUUAUCGUCACCAUUAACCUGUCCGAAUAUGGACUCACGGAAGAUCAGGUGGCAGAAUUCAAGGAGGCAUUUAUGCUUUUCGACAAAGACGAAGACGGCACGAUUACGAUGGCGGAAUUAGGAGUCGUCAUGCGAUCUCUCGGUCAAAGACCAUCGGAGACAGAAUUGCGCGAUAUGGUGAACGAGGUGGAUCAGGACGGUAACGGUACCAUCGAAUUUAACGAGUUCCUGCAAAUGAUGUCGAAAAAGAUGAAAGGUGCCGACGGCGAGGACGAACUUCGCGAGGCAUUUCGGGUGUUCGACAAGAACAACGACGGCUUGAUCUCGUCGAAGGAGCUGCGACACGUGAUGACGAAUCUCGGGGAAAAAUUAUCGGAAGAAGAGGUUGACGAUAUGAUCAAAGAGGCAGAUCUCGAUGGCGACGGAAUGGUCAACUACGAAGAAUUCGUGACGAUUCUAACGUCGAAGAAUUAGCUCAGGGGGCCGAGAGAACUCUUAUAGACUCCUCAAAGAGUAUACCAGAUCGACGCAAGAACAUCGUGGUUCCUCGAGGAUGAGAAGAAGAGAAAAAGAGGGUCCAUCAACCGACUUUACGAAAAUUAUAGCGUGAGAUUGUUUCAUGCUUCAUGAAGUUGCCAGCAUCGAAGCUGUCGAAACAAGGAUCAAAAACUCAUCGGCGACUCAACUGUGACGCAAUGCCGCGCGUAAAGUCGAACAUUGAUUCACGACGAUACGAAAGGUGCCGUGAAAUUGCGGAAACGAAUUGCGCGAUAUUGAAAAUGGCGCGAACACAAAUAAGUCGAACGAGUGCAAUGGUGAAGACACAGCGCAAAUCCUUGCGAAUCGCUUGUUCGACGCUGGAUGUGCAUCCACUUCGGGGCAAUCUACUUCGUUUCGACUUUGGUCGGAAAAACUCAAGAAAGGAGAGGCAUAUUUUUGUGCGGUUGCACGUAAUAUGUACGCGCGUUAUACACGCAACGCGUGCGUGCGCGCACACACAUAGGCGUGCACAUACGCACUUUACAACAUACGUACACAAACACACACACACACACACACAUACACGCGCGUGCGCGCGUGCGCGCGCGUACGAGCGCAUACACACACGCACGACGCACGCACGCACGCACGCACGCACGCACGCACGCACGCACGCACGCACGCACGCACGCAUGCACGCUGCACGUACGCACGCAUGCACGCUGCACGUACGCACAGACGCGUACGGCCCCCUUCGGACUAAUCUUAGGUGAAAACUCGGUCUUUAAGUCGACGAUAACGAUAACGAUAACGAUAACGCAGUAAUACAGUAACUAAAGAGAUUACUUCAAAACGAUGGCGCAGGGAGAGGAGGAGGCAAGAUGUGCCGCCACCCGGAACAAUCAACCGAGCUUCGUUUAGACUUUUACGUACCCCUAAUCUUUAUCUGCUCCUGGUAACUUUACGGAGCGAUUUAGAAGUUAAUUAGCUUUCCACGCCCGACCCUUUAAGCGUUCCGCGAGAGAUCCUGGAGUAUGUACACCAUGCAUAUACAUACAUUUACAAACACGUAAUAGAUACACAUAUACUUUGCGCGGGGCAUUAUUCUCGACGCGAUACCCGUAAACGAUGCCAUAACACUUGGAAUGUUUUUAACGCUUAUACUACAACAAUGUAAUACAAACGCGUGCCCGUAAGAUAGCUACAUACACGUCACUCGCCUCAUCAUCAUCAUUGUUUCCUCGAACCUUAGUGACCUUAGAGCGGACACGACGGGCCGAUGACGCAUUGCGAAAGUAACUCGCGCUUCAAAGCGCCUCGCGCGAAGACACUCGUAUCGAUUAUCGUGACCUCGCGUUGCGCGGUCGAUCGCGCAGGACGAUUGAGUAUUCGACGAACGAACAUGAGGAACGCGCAAGCUCACAACCAAGAUGUCCCAACCGAUAGACGAUAGUUGAAACUAGUACAACAUCUAUCGUGGUGUAGCCAUGGAUAUACGGUCGAAAUUAAGCGGCUUUUAUAGCGGCACGAGCAUUCACGUCCGGAUGAGUCUCUAAGAAUAUCCUUUGUUACUGAGAAAUUGGUUGAUGGAUAAGGUAUAACAGUCAUGUUACCUUAGUUUAGGUUAGAUUAGAUUUAUCGGUCGUAAGUUCGUAUUGAUGUUAUCUUCGAUAACUAAGGAGAUUAUUGUUGCAACGCUCGACCAUCGCUCUAAUUACAGUUAUAUCUCCUCUAGCGAUAUUAACGCGUCGCGAUUAGACUCAGUAUUCACCGACCGAGUAAGAAACCCCGAGAGGUACGAUUCGACAAUUCGGAGUGCGAUUACACGCACAGACGCCAGCGUGACAGACGAGAGAGAGAGAGAGAGAGAGAGAGAGAGAGAGAGAGAGAGAGAGAGAGAGAGAGAGAGAGAAAGAGAGAGAGAGAGAGAGUUUAUUCCGAGCGCGGGAGCGGCCCCGUGAAAAAAGAAGCACGAUGUGUUUCCGUAUCGCCCGUCGUCGUACCGCCCAAAACCGGAGCCCAAAGGAGCGAAAGAGCUGCGUAAGGGCAUUACGCGUCGUGCACGUACCUUUGAACGAGUAACGAGUAACGAGGAGAAACAUGUUGAGUACUCUACGCGCUACUACUAACACGCAACGUAUAGACGAUAGUACUUAACAAUCAUAAUAACGGAUAAAGGAAACGAGGUAGGGUUGUUGUGGCAAGAGUGUCGAUAAUUCGCAGAUAAUGGGGAUAAUCCAUAAUCCUCCUACUUUUUAUCAACGUUCGGGUACUUUUCGCUCGAACCGCCUCUAAAUCUUCUAGAUUAUGUAAGUGCUCGCGCAUCGCGCGUCUGUUUGUUGAAAAUAUAAUAACGACAUUUGUUCCCCCUUCCUUCUCAUUAUUCGAUUCGAUAUUUCGAACAUUUUGUCGUAUGAUUUGUCAUUUUUUGUGUCUAGUUUUUUACACACAUGCAUACAUUUUUUAACAAUGGACGCUGUCGAAUAGUUGAGAAUCCAGCUUUGCGUGCACGAAUAUCGAAAUACAAAAUAUUCAGCCCGAAAAUGAUUGUAACUUUGGGGCAUCGUUGACUUUCUCUCUCUCUCUCUCUCUCUCUCUCUCUCUCUCUCUCUAUGUUUCAGGCACAAUUGCAUUAUUAUAUACUAUACGUAAUGAUGUUAUUACCAAACAUACGUGAAAAACAUUGUAGAUAUCCGUUAACAUGCAGAGUGAAGCACUUGAAACUCUGUCACUUUGCUUUACAUCAAAUAUUCACAAAGAAA